AGGCGGAGGAGGAGGACCUGAACACCGAGAGAGCGCGCUGAACAUCUGCGACUCACACACACACACACACACACACACACUCACACACACACAUCAGCGUCUGGAUGAAGGAACGGUUCAGUUGUACGAGAUUAUGCUGUGUUCUUGGGAAGUCUGAGAAUGAACGGAGAUGAGCAGUUUGGUGCACAAGAGCGGUGAAAUUCUAGCAGCACAAGAGAAAUACCGCGUGCACGGCCCCAGUUUCUCAGCACACUUCUGUCUUACAGCAUCGUGAAUGGAGGAGGAUAUGUAGUGAAUGAGUAGCUUGUGAGGCGGGUGGACCCGUAAGUUGCUGUCGGACGAGAUGAGGGCAGUGUGGGUAAACUUGGCGGCGCUGCUGCUGCUCUGCACUUGUGCAGGCGUGCUGCACUUCUGGAGCGGGUUGGAAAAGCGGUUAGAGAGGAACACGCGUAGCGUCCGAGAUCACAGCCUACAUCCCGCCUAUCCUGACCCAUCUCCGGACCUUCCGGGAACUUUCCGAGCUUUACUCGCUGUUCCGCCGGGCUCCAAAUUACAGUCGGUGCGCAACACCAGCGGCAGUGAAACGCUCUCAUUCGGCAGUAAAGAUAACGGACAUGGGUUCGAAUCCACAGAGCGCGAGCUUCAAGCAGGAAACCAGUCAAAGCAGUUUAUAGACGAUGGGAUCUUUUGGAGUCGACAUCUCGAGGAUGGUGUGUCGAUGGGCUUCGCAGAGGAAGACGCCCGCGCGUGGAGACAGCGAGUCCGCCGCGGCCGAGUCGUGUCCCUGGAGCCCGGCUGCGGCAGGACGUCCAACCAGCUGGCCACUUUCUCGGACGGAUCCCGUGCGUGUGUACGUUACGGCAUUAACCCAGAGCAGGUGCAAGGAGAAACACUGUCUUAUUACCUAGCCGCUCUGCUCGGGAUCACCAACGUGCCGCCGCUCUCGCUUUUGCGCCUCGAUGGCGAGCAGUGGACGCACGUGAGGCGUCGCAUGGAGGCGCUACAGUGGACACCGAGUGCCGUGGUGUCCCUCAGCGAGUGGGUGCCCGAGCUCAGCCCGGCCGUCGUGCCUGCUCCUUUUCGCCGCUCCGGCCUCGGGUUGCGACCGCUACAGCUCGAGCUUCAAACCAAAACGAAAGCGGAGCUGCUCGAGCUGGUGCAGUGGAGCGACCUGGUUGUGUUCGACUACAUCACAGCCAACUUCGACCGGCUCGUGAGCAACCUGUUUAGCCUGCAGUGGGACGCCAAAGCCAUGGAGAGAGACGCGAGCAACCUGCUGAGGACUCCUCACGGCAGCCUGGUCUUCAUCGACAACGAGGCUGGACUAGUGCACGGCUACCGUGUGCUGGAUAUGUGGGAGAAGUAUCACAGCGUGGCGCUCGGUUCUGUGUGCGUGUUCAGGAGGAGAACAGCGCGGCGCGUGGCGGAGCUGCACCGGCGAAGGGACACGCGCGCACGCCUGCUGCAGCUCUACCGGGACAGCGAGCCUUUAGCGACUGAGCUCGGCUUUCUGUCCGACGAGCACGCGAGGAUACUACAGGAUAGAAUAAACAGAAUUCACGAGCACAUUUUGCACUGCAAUGAAAAGCACGAAAAACUGUAAGGUUUUUGUCGUUCUGUGUUUUUUCCCCCCUCGCGUGGAUCCUGCUAUCACAUUAGUAUGGAUAAGGACUGCUAGUUACCAAGGUGACCAUUACACCACGCGACCCGUGAACUGUGUUCACUGUGACUUCUGAAUAUCUGGACUAGCUACCUCCUGUAGGGACAAACCUUUAAAUGUGGCUAAAUAGGCUACUGUUUGUUUUGUAUAUGCCAUUACUUUAAGUUUUAAAAGUCUUAAUUUCACAGGAAACACAAUGCAUAUUACUUGUGAUAGAAUGAGUCAUGAUAAAAUGUUGUUGUAAACACACUGGAGACAGGCCUAAGUGCUGAUGUAUGCUGCUUCUUCUGCCAUUUUUGUCUUUUAUUAAUUGGGAUGCACUAAUCCCAUUAUUUCCAUUUAGGGCGGGCUUAAAUUAUUGUUAAUAAAGAUCCCCAAUAUCGAUCCAAUAUUGACCUCCUUAAAGUAACCGGGCAAUUUUCUGCAAGCUUUUGUUUCCAAGUUUACAAAACAUCGUCCAUGUGAUGCUGGUGUUAUUUAUGACAUGUUGUGUCCUAUGUUUAAGGCAAGGUCUCUUUUGGGCCAGUCAAAUUUGUUGCAAGAUACAUCAGUGGCUCGUAUCAGAAAAUACGUCAAAUAAGAUAAAUACUGAUCCAGAAUUUCACACAGUAUCAGGCCAAAAGGCAAUACUCAGUACUGGAUGGAUGAAUCUCUAUUUUUUAGAAUAUUUUCCUUGAUAAACGGUUACAUCUGGAUUAACACAAGGCUGACAAUAUCUGUAAUUUAUUGACAGUACUUAGUUCUUUGCAGAGAGUGUUGAAAUGGUAAUAUUCAAACUGCUGAAAGGUCAAUGAUUCAUAUAAAAGGACAUCUUUGAUUAUUCUCCGUAGCUUCACAAUUUCAUUCAUGGCCUUAAUGAAGUGGUGGGAUGUGCAUUGAAUUGAAAGUGUGUUGUGGGAUUUUGCUUUGUGAACUCUGAAUUCUAUUUAACUAAUUUAAAUCACAAUCUGUGAUAACAUUCCAGUUCUUUUUUAUAUUAAAAAAGUUGUCAUUUUUACAUGCCAUUAAAUCUAGUGGAACUAAAGUGUUUCACUAUGUUGAACACUA